AUGGCUGAGUCGCUUGCCAACUUUAAUUUGCACGCCUGCGGUCGUCCCGCCCCGGGUCGAGCGGGCCAGCAGGCUCCGUUCCCCCCUAUCCCCGUUCCAACCAUACCCACCCUUCGGCCUCUCCCCUCUCGGCCCCUCCCUCCCCUCCCUCUCGCGUCCCCCUCACCGCGCUCCUUGCCCUUUCAGCAACAAGAAGGAGAUCGCACCGAUCACCCCGACCAACUAGCGCCGCAGCCAGGCCAGAUAUCGCCUAUCUCUCCAUCCACCGCGCUACUGCCUCUCCCUGGUACUAGCCCCACUCUGAACACGCCCUCAUCAACCUCGGCGCCAUCGGCAGCGACUUCCACCAUUCCGCCAUCACCCUCUUCUCCAUCCACUCUCUCCUCGCCCCGUUUCCCCUUGCCGCCCAACCAUCCUCCGACCCCGCCCCCGCGACGCGUCAAGGACAAGGACUUUGACCCCGCCGCGACCCCCCGCCGCAGCGCAAACGACGUCGUCUACGUCCCGUCGUCCGACCAGGACCACUCGGAGCACGUGUCCACGUCAGUGACGCCCGCGACGCCCGUGGACGAGUACGACGGGUACGAGCGAGAGCAGUACGAGCUCGCGGACGACGAACUCAGUCACGAGCACGACUCGGCGCUCGCCGCGCACGAACACCUCGCGCAACAGUCUUCGCCGCCGUCGACCCCGCCCCGCUCCAUGCUCCCGCGACACCGCGACCACGACGACGCGCUCGACGUGGAGGGCGACAACGUUCCCGGCUCGUCGCCGCGCAGCGUGUCCUCGUCUGCUGCCCGCCAGCGCCGCGAGCAGCGUCAGGCGUCUGCCUCCUCAGCCACCGACGAGAACGGCAACCCAAUCCCGGUCCCUGGCGAGAGGCGUGAAUCGUUAGUAUCCAACGACUCGACGGGACGCAGCUCAACCCACAGAGCGCAACAGCGCAAGAUGAUGCUCGCCCAGCAGAUGAGCCUGGGCAUUGACGCUGAAAUCAAGGCCGAGGACGCUGCCCAACAACCCAAGCGCCGGUCCAUCUUCCGGACCACCGGCACCGCCAGCACCCCCGACCUGACCACCUUUAUUAGAGGUAAAGGAAAGCCCCAGCAGGGCAAGCAGGCCCAGAAGAAUUCCUCCGCCGGCAACGUGUCCCAGCAUGCCAUGGGCCAGGGCAAGUCGUCGACCCCCGCGAGCUCGACGACGGCCGUUUCCUCCCAGUUCACGACGCACCACAUGUCCGGAUCCACUAGCUCGCUGACCCGCGGGCGCAGCCACGAGGCCCCGUCCGACUCUAGCGCGCAACGCGGUGCCUGGCACGGACACAACUUCCCAAACGACUCGCAGCGACACAUGCAGACCAUCGCCGAAAACGACUCGCUCCACCGCAAGCAGUCCUUCAACGAUGAUGGAAAGUUGAGCCUGUCGGCCAGGUCCAACGCCGAGGUCAGUUCGCCAAAGUCCAACGUCUCUCCCCAGCUGCCGUCGUCAUUCUCGCCCCAGUUCCCUGGCAACGCCCAGUUCACUUUCGAGUCUCCCCAGUCCAAUGGCAACGCGCGUCCGCCUCUUCCUCAGCGCCAUUCCGGUGGCUUGGUCCCUGGUAUGGCUGAGCCGCACGAGCCAAGCCGCAUCUCGAUUUCCUCGGCUCACUCCGCACAAGAGGUCAUUGUCGAUCCGCAGGAUCCCGGCAAGGAGCCCUCGACCCGGGUGCAUAACAUGCUCCAGCGCGGCGCCACUGAGGAGCGCUCGUCGUCGCGUCGCUCCACGGCAGAGGCAGAGCCGAAACCGCCACGUCGAGCUAGCACCUCGUUCUCGGACGACGUGACUGGCCUGUUAGAUCGGAUCAGCCACGGCGACCCCCCCGUCGGAGUGGGCAUCAGGACCCAGGAGCCUGAGACAACAGAGCACCUGCAGGUGUCACCUGACCCGUCCCGAUACUCGCAGCGCUCCGCCUCGCCCUUGUCCCCCGCCAAUCAAGACAGCACAACGCUUCCGGACGCUGCUCCUGUUCCGGUCUCUGGCAAAUCUUCUGCUUCCUCCACCCAGUCAAGCCGCUACGACGACGCCCAGGCCCCAGAGGGAACUACCGUGCUCGAGUCUGCGCUUGCUGACAACUCGGACACGGACCUCGUGCCCCCGCCGGUCCCCGUCAAGGGCGAGCCGACGAUCAAGAUGGUCCCGACCCGGCACGACGACGGCAUUGCGAUCGAGGUGACCCAGUCCCCGCACCAGUCGACCACCAGUCUCGAUGAUUUACCGGCAGACGAAGAAGAGCGCGCCCACCAGCUCGCGCGCGAGUUUUACCAGGGCGACUCGGCGCACGUGUCCACCGACAAGGUCGCCAUCUUCCUCGGCGGCCCCAAGCCCGUCAACACGGCGACGCUCCGGCACUACAUGCAGCAUUUCGACAUGCGCGGCAGCAAGCUCGACCAGGCUUUCCGUUACUUGUGUGCCAAGCUGCAUUUGAAGGCCGAGUCGCAGGAGAUUGACCGUAUCAUCGAGGGCUUUUCCGCGCGCUACUUUGACUGCAACCCGAACACGGUGUUUGGCACGCCCGGCGUCGUCCACACGGUGACUGCCGCCAUGCUCAUGCUGAACACGGACCUGCACAUUGCCGAGCUGCAGAAGCACAUGUCGCGUGCGGAUUUCGUCCGCAACGCGAUGCGCGCGAUCCAAGAGUCGAUGCCAGAGGAUCUUGAGUCACACAAUGACAGUGGAUCCCUGCGCGGUGUUGACGGAACGUCCACCGCGGCUCAGUCGACGACGUCGAUCACGCGCCUCCGCCAGCCCGCUAACAGCCGCAACGCGAGUGGCACGCUCGCGCCGGCAUCCGAGCUGUCGUCGCCUUCGAGCCAGGACCUGCGGUCGCGCGCGGCUUCGUCGACAACGGUCAACUCGUUUACGUACUCGAAGCAGUGGGAGGUGGAAGCUGAAUCGGCCCUCAAGGAAAUCUACAGCAACGUCCGCAACGAGAAGAUCCUCCUGCCCAUUGGGUCAGCCGACAAGUCGUCCCUCUCUCUCAACAGCUACAAUCGCCGCGGAAUCGGGCCCCUUAAGCGGUCCUCGGUCAAGGGCAACUCGCCGUACAACGGCAGCGGCGUGUUUGCGCACUCGGACGGGAGGUUGUCGCCAACUCCGUCGUACGCAAACUCUAUCGGCGAGCAAACAAUCGCCCCCGCUAUCGGCUUCGCUGGCAACCUGUCGCACACGGUGAUCCGGGAACAGGAGGACGAGACGCACAGCAUCAAGAGCAACCAGUCGACCGUCACGCUGGAGCCGCUGAAUGACGACGAGCUCGCGCUGCUCGGUGCCCCGUGGGCCAAGGAGGGUCUGCUCUCCCGCAAGAUCCAGGUCGAGGCCGCUGGCAAGAAGCACCAGAAGAAGGACUGGAAGCAGUACUUUGUCGUCAUCCAGAAGGGCGACCUGCACAUGUUUGUGUUUGGCGAGAAGGGGUCCAAGGGCCCGAGCAUGGGCAUGGGCGGCAUGGGUGGCGGUAACUGGCUGUCAAACGCCAAGACGACCGGCGAGUACUCGCUCAUGCACGCCAUGGCCAUGGCGCUGCCGAAACCGGGCUACAGCGCUUCGCGGCCGUACUGCUUCACGGUGACCUUCCCGACCGGCGAGAUCAGCGUGUACCAGGCGGGCACGGAGGAGCUCGUGGCUGAGUGGGUUGCGACGUGCAACUACUGGGCGGCGCGCAAGUCGCGGCAACCGCUGGUUGGUGGCGUGUCCAAUAUCGAGUACGGCUGGACGCGAGUGCUCGACGAGAACGGCGACGGCACUCCGCCACCCGAGGCGCCCAGCGUCAUCUCGUCGCGCUCCUCGCCUAGCAUGACCCGUCUCGGCGCCAUGCGUUCCCGCGGCUCGCAAAACCUCGACAAGAUGACAAUCGUCGAGUGGAAGCCGCCGCCGCAUGCCACGAUGCCGUCAAACCUGGACGAGGAGGCGCAGCUCGAGGCGCUGCUGAUGUACGUGCAGAGUCUGAAGGAGGAGCUGGACCAGCAUAAGAGCAUCGAGGAGCCCAUGUCCAGGCUGUACACGCCGGGGAGCAAGAAUGCAGUCAAGGCGCGGGAAAACUGGACCGCGAAGUCGCGCUACAUUCACUCGGAAAUCUUCAAGUACGAGACGUACGUCGAGGCGUUACGCAACGCCAUCAGCCUCCGCAUGCUCAAGCAGCAGGAGCGCAAGGCCGCCCAGCCGGGCAAGUGA